AUGAUGUUCGGGAAGCGCAAGGACGACAAGGGGUUUGACAUCGAGUUCAGCAGCGAUGACAUCUCCUCCAUCCACACGGCGCACUCCAGCUCGGGGAAAUUCCUGGACAAGUACAGUCUACCCGACAUGGAGACUAUGUUACAGGAGCUGGGGGUGAUGGCGAAGCUGAGGAAGAGAGGGCACCACGCGGUGAACAUAGAGCUGGAUCUCACAGACCCCUUCGUGCAUAAGAUGCUCUGGACCACCCCAGCAGCCCCAGAGCCGCUGUGCGAGUGUGCCCUGCGAAUCCUCACCUCCACUUCCCUUCUGCAUGCAGUGCGGCCCAGCGAGGUGAUAGGCGAGGGGGCAGCAGUGCUCAAGGCGUGGGAGAGUGGGCUGGGCGAGUACCAUCCUCUCAAGCUUCUCCUCGUGGACUGGCUUCUGCUGCAAGACCCUCUUGCUCCCUGCGAUGAGACCCUACUGCCAGGCCAGCACAUGCCAGGGCUGGGGGUUGCAAUCGAAUUCGGCAACUUGCUGUACCGCAUGGCACAGGAGGGCGAGUUUGACGCGGUGGUGAAUCGCCCUCUGCACUUCCACAAUGCAGUCAUGUACGCGCCCACUGGGAACCGCUUCCUCAACCCACAGGUGGAAGCUCGUUUUCGAGUGCUGGUUCGGGACAUGGAGGCUGAUGUGCUGGCGAAGUCGCUUGCUGACGUGUCACACACCAUUCAGUGUGCUGAUGAAGGCCUUUCUGGCGUCGGAGGCUUAUCUCUCAUUGGUGCAGAGGACUCACGAGGCAUCACAGCCAAUGAGCAUCUGACACGUGCACGCUCCAUGCUGGUCAAUGGGCGGCGUGUCUCGCUCAGCAGUAGCGGCCGGGAGCUGGGGAGUGGAAGAGAGUUGGGUAAUGGGGGCAGUGGGAGGGAGGUGGGGAAUGGGAACAGCGGGAGUGGGAGGGAAGCGAAUGGUAGCAUUCGGAGGGAUGCAAACGGAAGCUUUGGGAGGGAGGGCUGCUGCAAUGGAAGGGAAACGAGCAACCACUGCAGUUGCCACAGCCUGCAGAAUCAGUCAGGCAACGCGGCUAAUACAGAUACAGGUGGGGAUGUUACGGCUGGUGAUGCUGGUAACCGUGUUGGAUCUUUGAAGCCAAUCUUUGGAUUAGACUCGUUGGAUGGGGUGGAAAGUUCGGUGCAUAUCCUCUCUCCCCCCGUUGGCCGAACCACACCCACUGUUGGUCGAAUCACUCCUCCCCCACCUGGCUCUUUGGACGGUGACGUGGCAGUAUUAGCAGCCAAUGGCGUUGCGCCACGUGGACAGCUGACGCCCCCUGUUAACGGAACUAUACAGGGAGAUUUAGGGGUCGAAGGGGAGAUGGCGGGGGAGGGGAGAGGAGGGGGGGAUGGGGGGAGGGGUGGAGAGGGGGGUGCAGAGGUGCAAGGAGGGGAGGAGGAGGAGGAGGUAGAGGAGGCAUUGAGAGGGUUUUUGCCACCCCCACCACGAGAAACGUGGUCAGAGCAGCUUCAGGCCAAGUUCAUUCGGUAUCUAGAGCUGAAGCGGGCCGGCAGGAGCAUCAACGACGCUCUUCGCAACUCCAAGGGCUACCGCAACCCUGACUUCAUGCAGCAGGUAGUGAAGCAUGAGGGUAUAGACGAGCACGGGUCCUGCUUUUCGAAGGACGUCUUCAAUCCCCAUGGCUUUGACCGCCUUGACUACUACGACGCCCUUGUGGCGGAGCAGAGGAGGGAGAUGGAGCGUAAGGAGCAGGAGAGGAGGCAGAAGGGCGGGCAGAUAGAGUUUCAACGAGGGGGGACUGUGGUGCAACUCAUCGCUGCUCCUCCUAAAGGUAUUCCUAUCACUUUGCAUCUCUCUGCACCGCUCUGUGCCCCACUACACGAGAAGGCAGAAGGGCGGGCAGAUAGAAAGGGCGGGCAGAUAGAGUUCCAGCGAGGGGGGACCGUGGUGCAGCUCAUUGUUGGCCCUCCUAAAGGGCGACCUCUCUCAUCCGACCCCUCUCAACCAACCCCUCUCAACCGACUUCUCUCAACCAACCUUUCUUGCCAUGUAUCCAGUGUGUCUUCCCCUCGCUCUCCGUCUGCCAAUCUUGUUCCAUGUUCCCUGUUUUCCCACGCCUCCCUUUCGUGCUCCUUUCCGUUUUUUCCCCGCCUGCCAAAUCAGGAGCCUAACCCAUUGCAAAUGCUGCAGCUGCAACAGCUGGCGGAGCAGGGGGGAUGGCGUCUGUUCCUGUGCAACCAAUGGCAGCAGGGGCCGCAGCAGCAGAUGUUUUGA